ACUUCUGAAUUUGGCAGAAAUAUGGCAAAUCUAUACUUCUUGGAUGUGAGGAGCACUAGAAUCAAGAAGAUUCCUUUAUCCAUAAUUCAUUUAAUAAAUCUCAGAUAUUUAGAUGUGAGUGAUUGCAACAUGCUCAAGUCAAUGCCUGAGCUCCCUCCAAAUUUGAUCAUAUCUGCAAGCUAUUGUCCUCUGUUGAAGCUUACGACAGCUCUCGUACACCUAUACGACUCGCGUGUCUUUAAGGGUCCAAUUCAUGUUUUCUAUGAUUACAUGUACGCUACUUUUCUGUGGAAGAGUGGAGUUCCAAGGUGGUUUAAAGAAUGGAAGCAUUGCCGGAGUAAGGGUAACUCCGGCGAGGUUGUGACCAUAACAGCAAACAUACCUGAAAAUGCAUAUUCUGAUAAUGAUUGUUGGGAAAUUGCUAUAUGCGUUGUUUUCAGUCGCAGAUCAGAUGACGAAGCAUGGAGUGGUUUCUCCAUAAACUGGAAAUUCCAAGAUUAUUGCGAUGCCAAUCCCCAUAAUAACGGAAUGGAUGAAGAAACUAUGAGAAAUUUCCAAUUUGGUCGGCUCCGAUAUCGAGUUUACGUAGGAGCUUAUCCCAUUGAUAAGGAACAUUGUCGACCACAUCCCACAGGUGUAGGCAGUCAAGUUGAUUUAACGCUUUGCUUCCCAACACCCAGCAUUGCUGGUUGGAAUCAAACACGUUAUCAAUACUUUGAAGUACUGGAAUGUUGGUGGAGUGUGCAAUGCAAGACUGAAUUUGGAGCAAGGUAGAACUCAGCAUGCAUUCUUGCUUACAAUUCUAGUUUCGCACGAUUAUGCUAAGAGCUUGAAGUUGGACGGAGCUGCAAAUUAAUGUCAGCCCAUGGUUGAUGAUCUUUUCUUGGUGGUUUGUCUGUUUACCAAGUAAAAGAAAUUAUAUUUUCCUUUGGCUUAUGCGGUCAAGAUAUGAAAGACAUUGACGAAAGCUGUAUGGAUUGAAUGCUUGUUAAAUUGCCAUCUCAUUUUGGCCAUUUGCUUGGAACUCAGUUACGUGGCAACAAGACAUAGUCAUUGAGGGUUUUUUUUUUUAAUUUUUUGGCUGUUAUGGUAAUUUUUUUUUAAUAUAAUCAAUUUAAACAGUGGGACACAAGAAUAUGUCAAUGUGAGAUUUAUUAUCAAGACCCUAUCCAAGCACAAUAGACAAUGUUAUCAUUGAAACAACUUGCUAUUGACUACUAUUAUGGUAAUAUUUAAUUCUUUUCGAU